UCGUUUCUUUGUAUUAUGCACUUUUGAAUACGGAGUAUUAUUUUAUCCUAAUUAAAAAGGUGGAGCCAAAUUUUGGUGCCCCAGCCUGACACUGUUUCGGAAGAGAGGGAGCGGGAGAGAGAGACUGUGAAGAUCAGAGGACACUUGGUAGAGAAAGAGAUGCCGGUAGCGCGACCUGAAUCAUCGGACUCUCGAGUCAUCGCCCACGUCGACAUGGACUGCUUCUAUGUUCAAGUGGAGCAACGUAAACAACCAAGUCUAAGGGGUCAACCGACUGCUGUAGUGCAAUACAACUCUUGGCAAGGAGGGGGCCUGAUAGCGGUCAGUUACGAGGCCCGCAAAUUUGGUGUUAAGCGUUCAAUGCGCGGGGAUGAGGCCAAGCAAGUCUGUCCUGAAAUUCAGCUUGUUCAAGUCCCAGUUGCUCGUGGUAAAGCUGACCUGAAUACAUACCGAAAUGCAGGCUCAGAGGUGGUAUCCAUUCUUGCACGGAAAGGUAUAUGUGAACGUGCUUCAAUUGAUGAAGUCUAUCUGGACCUCACUGAAGCUGCAGAGAAAAUGUUGAAAGAGACCCCACCCGAGAAAUUGGAAACAAUCAAUGAAGAAGCGGCUAAAUCACAUGUUUUAGGGAUUGAUAAGGAUGAAAAUGAGAGCAUCAAGAACUGGCUUUGUAGAAAUGAUGCAGAUUACCGUGAUAAGUUGUUAGCCUGUGGGGCCCUUAUUGUUGCAGAACUAAGGCUGCAAGUAUUAAACGGGACUGAAUUCACAUGUUCAGCAGGCAUUGCUCAUAAUAAGAUGUUGGCCAAACUAGCAAGUGGGAUGAACAAACCUGCACAGCAAACUGUGGUGCCCUCAUCAUCUGUCAUGAAAUUUCUUGAACCAUUGCCUAUAAAGAAGAUGAAACAACUUGGGGGAAAGCUUGGAACUUCAUUGCAGAAUCACCUGGGUGUGAACACUGUUGGAGACCUAUUGCACUUUUCAGAGGAGAAGUUACAGGAACAUUUUGGGAUAAAUACUGGUACCUGGUUAUGGAAUACUGCCAGAGGGAUGAAUGGAGAAGAAGUUCAGGGCCGCCUUCUCCCCAUGAGUCAUGGCUCUGGAAAGACAUUUCCUGGACCCCGAGCUCUUAGAACAAUUGCUUCUGUUGAGAAAUGGCUUAGGGAGCUUUGUGAUGAACUUAAUGAACGCCUUCAGUCUGACUUGGAACAGAAUAAGCGCAUUGCAAGAACACUGACUCUACAUGCUAGUGCAUACAAGACAAAUGACACAGAUUCAUUCAAGAAAUUUCCUUCUAAAUCAUGUCCGUUAAGAUAUGGGACUGCCAAGAUCCAAGAAGAUGCCUUAAUCCUUUUUCAAGUAGGACUCCGUGAAUUUCUUGGUUAUUACAAUGUUAAUACACCAACAAAGCAACAAGAUGGUUGGGGAGUGACAGGUCUUUCGAUAUCAGCAAGUAAAAUAGUUUCUAUACCCUCAGGAACACGUUCAAUCAUGAAUUAUUUUCAGAACCAAUACGAAACAUGCUCUUCUGUUAAGCAAUUAAGUCAAAGAUCUAUCGAAGAUGCAAAGCCAUUGCCACCCUUAGGAAGUGGAAACCAUUCAACACUGCACUCCUUGGAGCCCGAGGUUGAUUGCAUUCAUGAAAGUAAAGGGUCCGAAUAUGCAAUUCCAACUUUGGAAAUACAUGAAGAAGAUGGAGAACCAUGUACAGUCGAGGGGUUUCUCUCCACAUCCUGUCAUCAAGAAGAUGGAUUCAGUGAAGAAACUGUAGCAUUGUCGUUUUCAGGGGCCGAAACUUGUUCAAGAUUGGAGCCAAAUCAAGUUGAUCCAAUGGUUGACCCUGCAGAUGAAGAAACAACGAACAGUUUGAAAUCAAAAGAACAGAAAAGAAAGCCUUCCAAAAAUAAGGGAACAUCCAUCUUAGGAUACUUCCAAAGUCGAGACUCAUUUUCAAAGGUGACUCGUGGAAGCCCUUGCAAAGAAAGUGAAGCGUCACCCCCAGCAGGUACCAGUAUGGAUCCAACUGGUCAAAAUGAUCAGAGGAGGCAUGCAGGGAGUUAUUAUUACAAUAUAAAUGAGAUAGACCCAGCUGUCGUGAAUGAGUUGCCACAGGAAAUUCAAGAUGAGGUGCGAGCCUGGCUCAGGCCCAGAAAACAAGCAAAUACUACAAAAAAAGGUUCAGAUAUUACUAGCUAUUUCUCCCGUGCUAAGGAUGCAUAGCUGACACCUAGAACGGAUUGCAUCUUUUUAAAUGUCUAAAGUUUUACUAAACCUUUCAAGAUUGAAAUCUGGAAACCUUUUAGUAGGUUCAGUCCAGAGGUAUCAGGUACUAAUGUUCUUUGGAGCGAAGUCAUCAUUGACAGCUUGAAGCCUUGAAGCAUGAAACGCUUGCUAGGUGGGAGUCUGGAGAAGGGUCUGCAAGUCUAUAGGACAAAAGCUUAAUUUCUUUUCUUUUAUUAUUAUAUAUAUCAAGUUUAUAGCAUGUAUAUUUGUGCGUUAUUCAUGCUUAUAUAUUGUGAAUUUAGUGAUGGGCUUAUAAGGCUAGGAUUAGACUCAAGCUUGGAAAGUUAAAUCUUGGACUCCUGUUUUAAGUUGUUCUAAGCUUUCCAUGGCGAAUGUUUCAGUGUAAAUAAUGAAUUAUUAUUUAUUAUUCUAGUGCUUAUAAUUCCUUGGUUU